AUAAAUUUUGUACAGCGGGUGCACGUGUAUUCUUGGAAACUACAUAUGAUUCAGGAAUACUUAAGCGAGAUGGUGAAAUUCCUAUAAGCCUUGAGAGUCAUCACCACAUGGUUGAAAAGGUGCUUAAGUAUCUACAGCAUGACAUGGUUAGACUAAUUUUCCUACCUAUGGUUCUAUCAUUUGUUAUCAAUUUGUUUACCUAGCCGGGGCAACGACUUGUAUAUUAUGUGUCAGUUGUUCAUUCCAAUCAAUAUGAACCAAACGCAUUGGUAUCUAUCUGUUGUCAAUAUCGAACAACGCGAGAUACAAGUACUCGAUUCUUUUGGUUCUCGAAUGAGCCGAGCUGAUCUACAACUUACGCUUCAGGGGCUUGAGGCGCAUCUAAAGAUUGCUUCUAAGAUGAAUGGGUUUAACCUAGGUACUUGGCCAGAUAUUGAUGUAACUAGAUGGACUAUAAAAGAGUAUAUUCAAGAUCGAAUUCAAUCUGAUGGAUCAUCUUGCGGCUUGUUCAUGCUACAAUUCAUUGAAUACUGGACAGGACACAAACUGUCACAUCCUGUUACACAGGAAGAUGUCAAACCCUUCAGGCAAAAAGUAGCAAUCAUUCUCCAUGAAUCAGAUCUGAACGAUAUAAAAGGAACUCCUGAGUACCAUAAUCCAGCAGACGAUAUAAUAGAUACUGACGGUGUUGAAAUAUUGGACCCGCCACCUGCCAUGGUUGUUCUGAGAAUGCCACUUAAUAAAAAUGAGCUACUUUGCAAACUUCGAGGUCAUAUCAUGUCCAUUCAUAAUGCAGAUUCCCGAGAGUAAGUCAACUUUCAAAAUAACAAUAUCUGCAUUUAUGUAUAUUAUUUUUUCACUAUAUCGUUGAUGCUAUGGUUUAUUUGAUAGGAAAG